UUAGGGAGAAGGAUGAGUCCAAGUUUAGUUUUCUGGGAGGCAAGAUCUGAGGGACCCCAGGGAAACUGGUUGGAAAUGUGGAGAGAAAAGGUACGAAUGCCGCUGGGACCUGGUAUCUCUUCUGCAUGGGGAAGUUGGGGAAAGGUACUGAGGUCCUGGAGAGAGAUGUAGAGCAGUGAUUGUGCCCAUGGGGUUUUAAUUUAUGGGUGUGAGAAUGACAACAGGGACAGACCAAUGACAUUGAAAGAAGAUAUUUAUUUCUCACUUAUCCCCAAGGAAGAACCACACCACUUAACACAAGGCCACAUGGCCACUGAAGCAUCAGAUUUAUAGGAGGCAGAAGACAGGAGUGAGGGAAAAGCUUGGGCCAUGGCUUCUGUUAAGGUUCUUGAGAGAAAUACAAGGCAGGGCAGGGUGACCAACUUAAACUUGGCUAGUUUGAUUCCAGCACACCUGGGGCACAGGGGCUGGAAUUUUUGGUACCUGAUUUGAGGUACCUGUCCCUGGGUUGGUUUAGGACAAAGGAAAUAUUGACUUGGUCUGAGAAAGUUAGAUAAGGAGGUGGUUCAGAGUAUGGGUUCUGGAUGGCAGGGGAGAUAGAAACAAAUUUGGCUGUUACCCUGGCUCUGUAUUUAAUGGGUGACAAAUAGAUGAAUAGAAAAUCUAACAUCUAAGUAAACAUAAUUGAUAAAGUUGCUCAUGUACUGAACAGACCUAAUUUUGGCAGGGCCGUGUGGUCUUUGAGGACGUGGCCAUAUAUUUCUCCCAGGAGGAGUGGGGGCACCUUGAUGAGGCUCAGAGAUCACUGUACCGAGAUGUGAUGCUGGAGAACAUGGCACUUUUGUCCUCGCUGGGUUGUUGGCAAGGAGCCCAGGAUGUGGAGGCACAUUCAGAGCAAGGUGUUUCUAUAGGAAUGUCACAAGUCAUGACUCCAGUGCCCCGUGUAUCUACCCAGAGGAUCCAGCCCAGUGAGACAUGUGACCCACUCUUGAAAGAUAUUUUAUACCUGGUUGAGCACAGUGGAAUACUUCCUGAACAAGAGAUGUAUAUUUGUGAGGCAGAGCUUUUUCACCAGCAGCAGCAGCAGAUCAGAGAGAAUCUUUCCAGAAGGGGGGACAAUUGGAGACCCUCAUUUGAAAAGAACCACAGAGUUCCCGUGGGAGAGAGGACCUUCACAUGCAGUGAAGGUUGGAAGGACUUGCCGGCCACCUCUGGCCUUCUCCAGCACCAGGCCCCUCAAAUUGGGUGGAAGCCUUUCAGGGACACAGAGGACAGGGAAUUUUUUCAAGCUGGACAAAAUGAUUACAAAUGCAGUGAAUGUGGGAAAACCUUCAACUUCAAACAUUUACUUGUUGAACACCAGAAAAUCCACACAAAAGAAAGACCUUAUGAGUGCAACAAAUGUGGGAAACUCUUCAGAUAUGGUGCCAACUUCAUGAAACAUCAGACUGUUCACAGUGGUGAAAGGACUUAUGAGUGCAGAGAAUGUGGCAAAUCUUUUAUGUACAAUUAUAGACUCAUGAGACAUAAGAAAGUUCACACUGGAGAAACGCCUUAUGAAUGUGACAUAUGUGGGAAAUUCUUUAGGUACAGCUCUACAUUAGUUAGACAUCAAAGAGUGCACACUGGAGAAAGGCCUUAUGAGUGCAGAGAAUGUGGGAAAGCCUUUAGCCACAAACAUAUACUUGAUGAGCACCAGAAAAUUCACAGUGGAGAAAGACCUUAUGAGUGCAGUGAAUGCCAGAAAGCCUUCAUUAGAAAGUCUCACCUGGCUCAUCACCAGAAAAUCCACAAUGAAGAGAGGCUUGUGUACUCCACGAAUUUGGGGAAUUCUUCAGCUAAAUCAAUGUGGACUUCCAACAUGAAAGUGUCCCCACCCCUGACUUACACAAAGCUGGCUCCCAAUAGAGGCAGAGGAGAAGAAGGAGAAAAUGCAAGAGCCAGAACAGGGGGAAAGAAUGGGGAUGAGAGAGGCAGCAAAAGAAGGUUAGGAAGAAAGCACUAACACCCCCCACCCCAGCAUUGGCCACAGUGACCCUCACAGUUGCUCUUGUCCCUGAGGAUGGGCCAGGCCACCUGAAAUGAGACAGCCUCAGAGCUUGCGCCACUGUGGCUGUGGGCCCCGCCGAGCCUGUGGUCCUGGCUGUGGACCAUGCUUCUGCUGGCGAGUCUGGCUGCAGUCCUGGGCACCACGCUGGGGCUGACACAGCGGCACUGGUCGGGUACCGUCUGCCAACACACCAGGAGGGUGAAGACUGGCCCAAUAGGAUUGUUGGCAGGAUUAAAUAAAUAAGGUAUGUCAGACAUAGACUUAUAUGGGUUUUUGCCCUUCAUCCAAUGUAGGGCAUUCGUUUUUCAUUGUCGCCCAGAUAUAAUAGGUAACAUUUAUACAGAGUUUGUGAUGUGCCCAGCAUUUUAAUAUGGGCAUUGUGUGUUGUAACCCAGGGUGCAGUAUAACCUUGUGAGGUGGGUACUAUGUGCUGUUGUGAUCUUGGUCUGGCACAAGGCAAAUAAGGUGCAAAUAAGUUAAGAAGUGCAUGCAGGUAGUAAGUAAUGAGUCACAGUCAAGGUUAGGCAGUUAGUUUCUGGUGCUCGUGUUUUUAACCACUAUGCCAUGUUCUCUCCCUCCCUCUCCCUUCUCCAUCUUACUUA